AUGUUGUAGUUGUCAAAGCAGCCACAACGAAGAGAAGCAAAAGAACUUCUUUCCUUUAAUUUUACUGCGGAUUUUUUUGCCUUUUAGAGCUUCCUUUAUUUCCCCAAAAAAUUUCUUGUGGAAUAUUUUCACAAAAAUGUAUUAAAUGCUGCACAUUGUCUGGGUGAAACCACAACGACGAGACUUGAGGGGUAGACUUGCGAUAAAGCUACUAAUCUGCUCAACAAGCUGAUAAAGCUGCCUGUACACAAUCAUCUACUCAGGAAUCCCAUAAAAGUCUCCAUCCAGUUGGUGUUGACAUUCCAAAGUAGCAAGAUGGUCAGGCGAAAUCUCUUCUUAAUCUCCUCGUCAAAGGUCCACGGACACGAGUACCUCCAACACUCCCGGGAGGCACUUACGGAAUUCUUCAGGAAGCACAACGUCACGAAAGUUCUCUUCAUCCCGUACGCUCUCUUUAACUACGAUAAGUACACAAAGAAAGUUGGUGACGUCCUCACUUCCUGGGGCUUUGAAGUUGAGGGCAUUCACCGGAAGGAUGAUCCCGUGGAGGCUGUUCGCAAAGCCGAUGCAAUCUACGUCGGAGGUGGGAAUAGCUUCCUCCUGCUGAAGCUUCUGCACGAACGAAAGCUCAUUGAGCCCAUCCGGGAGCGCAUCUUCAGCGGUGAGGCUGUCUACGUGGGCAGCAGUGCUGGAACGAAUGUUGCCACCGUGAGCAUAAAGACAACCAACGACAUGCCCAUCGUCUACCCGCCCACAUUCGAUGCUCUCGCCCUUGUGCCAUUCAACAUUAAUCCCCACUACCUGGACCCCCUGCCCGGCAGUACGCAUCACGGUGAGACACGCCAGCAGCGCAUUGAGGAGUUUCAUCAUCUCAACGCAAUCCCCGUUCUGGGACUCCGCGAGGGAACGUACCUCCAUGUGGAAGAUGACAAAAUGACCCUCCUUGGGGACUUUAAUGCUCGCCUCUUCAUGAAAUCCAAGACUCCCGUUGAAGUACCCCCAAAUUCGGAUAUGAGCUUCCUUUUGAGGGAAUGAUUCUUUAAUUUUUCUUCUUCUCGUUCAUUGUACUGACUUUGUGACAAUAAAAUAAAACUCUGCGUA